CCAACAUUCUUUCUUGGGAUAAACAUUAUCAAACUGAUUUCAAUAGUCCUUCAUUGAAGAAAAGCUACAUGGAUUGUUUAUCAUAUUCGAAGUACGCUUCAACAUCAAGAGAGCUUCAAAGAGCAAGAAAGGAUGCUGGUUGGUACAAAGAGAGAAGACGGGCUGCAGAUUCUACGAAAGCUGAAGCAGAGUAUGAGCUUUCUACUGCAAAGAAGACAGUGAAAGAUCUUUCUUCUAUGAUUGAGAAAUCUAGCUACAAGGUGAAGGCGCAUAAGCAAGAAAGAGCAUCACUAGAAUUGAAGUUGCACAAGGCAAAAAGGAAGGACAAUAGUCACAACCAUGAAUACUCACAAGUGAUGAGAGAAUUGGAAUAUGCUAAACACCAGUUGUUCCAGCUCAAGCUUGAUGUGGAUGCUGUUUUGAAAGAGAAAUCACAAGCUGAGACGGAAAUGGAAGCAUCCCUAUCGAUUGUGAUGCACGGAUCAAGAACGGUGGAAUUGCUGAGGAAGGAGAUUGAGGAAGCCAAUGAAGAACAAGUGCUGGUUGAAUUGGCCAGGAUUGAUGCUUUAAAAGAAGUGGAAGACAUCAAAGCUCGGAGAGAAAAGGAAGCCAAGGGGAUUUUAUUCGAACUGGAAAAGUUAAGAAAGAAGUUGAAGGAGGGUAUUGAAGAGAUAAAUAAGUCAAAAGAGCAUGAAAUGAAAUUAGCUAUGACAUUGUCUGAUGUUGGUGUCUUGCAGAACGAACUGAAGCAUGCCAAAGAAAUGGAUAAAAGGGUUCGAAGACAUGAGAGCACUGAACACAUCGAAGGAGCUUCGGGUAUAUGGGAGGAAUCAAGCGAGUCUCCUCCGCUAGAGACUCUAGAAGAAGAAGUAGAGGUAGCAAAGAAAGAUUUAGCUUUAAUAAGGGAAGAAGGUUUCCAGUUUAUGGCAUCUAUGGAUGUGAUAAGAAAUGAGAUGAAGCAAGUGAGUGCUGAGACAGUUGGCUUAAAGGAGGAAUCAAAAGCUGGUACAAAAGUUCAAAAUCUCAAUUCCAAGAUUUUGAGAGCAAAAUCUAAACUAGAAGGUUUGAUUGCAGCAGAGGAAAAGGACAAAUCAAUAGUAACUAGUUUACAACGUUCUUUGAAUAAGCUUAAUGCAGAAAUAGAGACAGCAGAAAAAGAAAGAGAGCUUGUUUAUCAAGAGGUUGCAAAAACUAAAGCAGAGAUAGAAAGAUCUGAGUUUGAGAAAGACAUGGCUGAGGAAAGGUUGAAACACAUCAUGAAGGAGCUUGAAGCAAUCAAAUUAUCCGAAAGUUUAGCCUUAGAGAAGCUGGAAGCCCUCACAGAGAAUGCAAUGAGAGACAGAGGAUUAGCUACACAGAACAGAUCGUCGAUCACAAUCUCAAAGUUCGAAUACGAGUAUUUAAACAAUCGUGCGGCUGAGGCUGAAAAAAUCGCAGACAAAAAGGUUGCAGCAGCAAAGGCAUGGACUGAAGCUGUCAAGGCUAGUGAGAAAGAGAUACUGAUAAGAGCUAAAAUAGCUGAGACUGUAAUCAAAGAGACAAAAGUAGAAGACUAUAACAAAGAAAGGCUCGUUACAAAGAAAGUAGGUAGGGAAGAGUUAGAGAAUUGGCCAAGAAAAGGCAAAAAUAAUGCAUCAAGUGACUUGCAGAUGCAGAGAUCAUUGUCUCAAAAGAGCAACAAAUCCAAUGGCAGUGUGACUCCUGCAAGGGGAUCCAAAUUUCAGAAGUCUGCUUCACCGGCAACUCGUGUUAGUCCUUUCACCAUCAAAAAGAAGAAGAAGGUGAUCCCAAACUUGACCAAGUUUUUCAGAGGGAAGAAGAACAAGAGGAGCAAUAGGAAUUCAUCACAGUAACACUGCUUCAAUAUAACAGCAUUGAGAAGGUAAAGCCCUAGUGUCAAAACAACAAUACAGAAUGCUUAGAGAAAAAGAAAGAGACAAAUACAAAAUUAAGCAAAAUUUCAUUGUCUUGAAACAAAAUUUGUUCGGAGACAGUAAUAAAGACACAACUUUUCCCUAUUAUCUUUGUCUCCUGUUUCUGAAUCUUUGUCUUGAGACACUUAUUAAAGAUAGCCUUAAUGUCGUUUAAAUCA